AUGGGUACAGCACCGUGUUACAAAAAGAAAAAUGAGGAAGUGAAAGUAGCUCAUAAGGGACAUUUGAGUGAUAAGAAUAUGAAAGUAUAGCAUAUUCAAAUAUGAGAGUCUAACAAUGAGGACUUUCCAGAGUAAUAAGGUGAAGAAUAAGAAGAAGAGGAAGAAGAAGAAGUAAGAUCUGUAAUAAUCAAUUCUAGAACAUAGUUUAUGAUUACAUUUAAGGUGAAUUGAUUUAAGAGGGAUGUAAUGUAUAUUCUGCAUUGAAUACUUUAAAUGGGUAACUUUUAGCAUUAAAAAUUGUAUUAAUUUCUAUAAUGAUAGUUCAAAUUAAGUUAAGAAGAUGAUUUUGAUAAAGUGAUUAAUAUUGUAGAUAUACUUAAACGAUUAGAAUUUAAGAAUAUACAUCAAAUUAUAGGUUGGGAUUACUCAGUAUUCUAAAAUGAAGUAAUCUAAAAUGAAAUUAAAAUAUUGAUGCCUUAUGAGAGUGGAGGAUCAAUAAGUUGGUUAUUGUAGAAGUUUAGUUCAUUUUCUCCAUAACUUGCUAUUAUGUUUAUGAAAUAAAUAUUGUAAGGAUUAGAAUAUCUUCAUAGUUAAGGUAUAUUACAUAGGUAUUAUUGAUUUUAAAUAAGGAAUCUAAAAACAUCAAAUGUAUUAGUAGAUGGAGAAGCAAAUGCUAAAUUAAGUGACAUCUACAUAUUAAACAAUUAUAAAUUAUCUAUGUACAGUGCUCCUGAAUGUUUUAAUGGAUAAGAAUAUUCUUAAUUUUCUGAUGUUUGGAGUGCAGGUUGUAUAUUUGUAGAAAUGCUAACUAAAAUGCCACCUUGGCAUCAUUUAUCUUCUGAUAUUACUUUAGAAUAAAUACGAAACUCUAUCAAUAAAGGAUGUAUGAUUAUGAUAUCAAAAUAAACUAGAAUUAUUUCAAUUCAAACGUAUAACUAAAUCAGAGGAUAUAUUAUAGAUCUUCAAUUAGAUUUUUAAAUUGAAUCCAAAAGAUCGAUCUACACCUAAUCAGUUACUCACUCAUUCUGCUUUUCGAAGUAUCAAUUUUUAUUAGAAUCUUAGAUCUUGAAACUGAACCAUUAAAGUCUGUUGUAAUUUCAACUAGAAAAUACUAUAAUACAAAACAUGAUGAUAGAAAAUCAUUCAAAUUAUAGACUAGUAAUAUGUCUAGUUCUAGUAUGCAUGGUGGAUUAUCAGUUUCAAUAAGAAGGAGUAACAAUCCUGAUUAAAGUAAAUAUCAAUAAGUUCUGUAAUAAUUGAAGUCUAUUCAUCAAGACUUCAAUAGAACAGAGAAUAUGUAAGAAACAUAGUUACUAUCUCACAAUGAUCUAUGUAAUGUUGUAACAAGAAAGAUACAGAUUGAAACUAAAAUUAAGGAAAUAGGAAUUCAUCAUAUACAUAAAGAUAAAAAUGCAUUGGUUGAGAAUGGAUUGAUUAGACCAAAAGAAGGAUCAACAUAAAUUGCCAAAAUAUCAGUUAAUGGUAUACCAGAUUAAGGAAAUAAGAAUUAAGUUCAUAAACCUCCAAUUAAUUAAACAAGUUAAUAAUAUAAAUCAAUCAUGCAUAGUGGAAGUCUAGAAAAAAUACUUACUAUUAGAUCUAGUGAAUUCGUAAAGAGUAAUGAUCAAAGUAUUGAAAGAUUACCUAUAGUAAAAAAUAAAUAAUUAAGUGAAUCAUAACAAUUAGAAGAACUUAUGGCUUAACAAUAUUAUUAAAAUUAAAAUUAUAAUAAUUAAAAAGAGGAAAUUAAACCUAAAAUUAAUCUUAAUGAUAUUGAAAAAAUGAUGAUGGAUUAAUUUUCAUCAUCUAUGCUUAAAUCUAAUAAAAAUGAAGAAGAAUUAUAACCAGAUAAACAAGAAUAAUAAGAAUAAUAAGAAUAAUAUCACUAAGAUACUAAGUUUAUUAAGUCUGAAAUUAUUAUUAUUAAUAAUAAUAAUAAUAUACAAGAUCCAAAUUACUUUGAAAAUCUUAUGUAAUAAUAAUAUUUAGAAGAUGAUGAUCAAGAAAUAGAUGAACUUUAAAAACUUGAAGAUCUUAUCUAAUAAUAAUAUUAUAAUAAUAUUAAUCAAAAUAAUGAAAUUAAUUUAGAUUUAUUGAUUUAAAAAUAGUUAUCCAAUCAUGAUAAAUCUAUUCAACCUAUAGAAGAUAAAUAAGAUGAAAUCCUUUAAGAAAACUUAUCCAUUAUUGGUAUAUAUUCAUUUUUAUAUUGAUAUAGCUUUUGAUAAAUUAGCAUAGUCUCCAAAAAAUGAUAAUGAAUUGUUAAUAGAGGAUGAUUUUAUAUAUAUGUUAUGA